ACAUAUUGUAGGAUAUAUAAUAAAAAUAAUGUUACAUUAAUCAUUUCUUAAUAGUAUUUUAUACUACAAUUACUAUAGUUUAAGUUUUAUUAUAAUUUUGCAAAACUAAGUGUAAAAUAAUGGGUUCUUAUAUUAUUAGAAUUAUCGAUAAAUCAAAUGUGAGAUACAUUUACAAUACAAGUGGAUCUACUAUUGUAUGGACAAACGUCUUCAUCUUUUUAAUUCUCAAUGUGUUAUCAUUGUAUGGCAUUUAUGUUUGUAUUGCCAACAAAUGUUGGAUGACCUGGUGUUUCGCAUUUUGGUAUGGAUUGGCUGGUGGACUUGGUGUCACAGCUGGUGCUCACCGAUUGUGGUCUCAUCGGUCAUAUAAAGCACGACUGCCAUUGCGUAUAGUAUUAAUGUUAUUUCAUUCAAUUGCCGGACAGAAUGAUCUAUACGAGUGGUGUCGCGACCAUCGGGUUCAUCACAAGUACUCUGAAACAGACGCCGAUCCGCAUAACUCUAAGAGAGGCUUCUUCUUCGCGCACGUCGGUUGGCUUCUGACCAGAAAACAUCCCGAUGUUAUCAUUAAAGGCAAACAAAUAGAUUUGUCAGAUCUGAUCAAUGAUCCCGUUGUUUAUUAUCACAAAAAGUAUUAUAUAGUGUUUUAUUUAAUAUUUUGCUUCAUUUUGCCGAUUAUUAUUCCGCUCUAUGUUUGGUCAGAAACUGUAUUUUAUUCAGUAUUUGGUACAGUAUUAAGAUAUGUAACAUCAUUGCAUUGCACUUGGUUUGUCAAUUCUGCGGCCCAUAUGUUUGGAGAUAAACCUUAUAACCCAAAUAUAGAGCCCCGAGAAAACCUGUUGGUCUCUUAUGGUGCCUUUGGAGAAGGUUUUCAUAACUAUCACCACUCGUUUCCAUUUGAUUAUUCAACGAGUGAAAUGGGUUGGCGAUUGAAUUUUACCACAUUUUUUAUUGAUUUUAUGGCACUAAUAGGACAGGCAUAUGAUAUGAAAAGAUUAUCUAAAGAUAUGGUAUGUCAAAGAAAAUUGAAAGUUUGGUCUAAUAGUUAUUAAAUGUGAAUUUCAUUUAAGUGAAAACUUUUGUUUUAUCAAUUUAAUAUUUUAUAGUAUUGUUUUAUUCA